AUGGAGCUGUUGCCGUCGCCCGCAUCAAACAAGAGGCUCCGAACCUUAUUUAAGGAGCUCAAGGACGUAGAAUCCGUCGCCAAGGCUCUUCAAGGUCGCGACACGAAUCUCCUGGAUGUUCGUCAGUGGUUCGACGAGCUGAUUGCUCCCAAACCACAGUUCGCGACAUAUCUCGGACCUCAAGCUGAAAUUGUUCACAGCCCUGACCUUGAGUCAGGGUGUGUCCGUGUUCUGAGGGGCCUACAGGGCCGCCUAACGCGUGCGGAGGAGGCUGUCCUCGGUCCGUUCGUAAGACUGGCGGAGCACACGGAUGAGGACUUCGACGACGACGAUCUUUCGUUCGUCGAACGUCUUCGCAAGCGCCGCCGUCUUGCGGCGCCCAGUGUCUCCUACGAGCAGCUAAAAACCAUUCCACCAACAUCCAACGUGGUGGAACGGUUUUUCAGCGUGGCUCGGGUGAUGUUCGGCCAACAAAGGCACGGGUUGCUCCCUGCAACACUGGAGAUGAUCUUAUUCCUUCGGGAGAACCGUAGCUACUGGGAUUCCAGUACUGUCGAUAGCAUCAAUUGA